GGUUGCCGUGGGGCAUAUGGGAAAUUACGGAUAUGGGUCUUCCACUGACAGUUUCAGAGAGUGUGCGAUAUUAUCGGGAGGAAGUAGCAGCGGAGUUGGGUCUCGAAAUCACAACAUGGGAUCAUGGAUCCGCGUCGAUCGGCGUUCUUCCCCGGCGGCGGUGGCGGCGGCGGCGGCUGAUAUAUUUGAAAAGACAAAAUAUGUUGAAGAAUACAUGGAAGACGAGGAGGAGGAGGAACAAGAGAUCGAAACUCUCCCCCUCUUCCCCAUCCAUGGUGGUGAUCGGAAUCUUAGUGGAUUCUGCAGCAUGCGACAGGAAUAUUCCGACAGCUUCUACACCACCACUUGGUACGGCAGCUCGGAUGACGGCGCCGCCGGUUCUAGAACUUCGCUGGAGCUCAGCCUCAACUCUUACGCCACCAUCUCACCGGAUGAUGGAAUGUGAUUAAUUUUAAACCGACAAAGUGGUUUUAUAUUAAUUAUGAUGUUAAUC